CAUACUUGGUAAAGAUGGCGUCUGCGAGAGAAAAUGAAGAGUGGACUGAAGGCUUUACCAUUAUUAAAGACAAGCAUAAUCGUUUCAGAGACCAUACGAAUUGAUUUGUCAGUAGGAAAUACGUUUCAUCUGGCUGCUCUCGAUAUUUGGACAUUGUUUUAUUCAUUAGCGUUCGGGCGCAGACGUCCGCAGCUUUGUUUUCGAUUGGAGACAGCCCGGGGUUUGGACAGCUCACCAGCUUCAAGUUGGCAAGCGCGAAUGUUAGCCUGGAUAGCAUUUUGCUCUGCUGGCUUGGAUCUGUAUCGGUGUCCAUGGAACCAUAGCAGGACCCCUGUCGACAACGGACCAUACACCGUCCGCCAAAGUCGUUCUCGUACCAGCCGCCGUUGAUGAACCACACGGAUUAAAAUCGUUGUCUGGAAAUAGAGGCCAUUGAUCUGUCAUUGCGACACUGUUUUCAGCGUCGUGGCAGAGUGACUGGCCGACAUGUAUUUUCUAACCGGCUGGCCCCGGAGGCUACUUUGUCCGCUUAAAAGUGAAGAGGAACCCUUCUACAUCCAGCCCAGCACGCAGAGGUUUUACUUUGCGGUUUUGUCGGAGACUCAACUCAGCAUCUGGUUUAGCCGGCCCAGUGUCCUGAUUGUCAGCUACAUCGAGUCGGCCAAAGCGGCAGCCCAGUUUGGCUCCUACCAGUGUGCAGAAUGGAAACCAGAUGACUCCAUGAUAGCUGUGGCGGCCUCUAAUGGAUACAUCCUCCUGUUUGAUGUGCUGGGAGGACAAGAGGACAAAUACCUCUAUGAGGCCGUCUACCCAAAAGGGAGUCCCCGCGUCAAGGUGACGCCUGGUUAUAAGCAGGAACAGUGUGCUCCUGCUCUGACCCUGGAGAUGAAGAAACCUGUGGACCUGGAAGCUCCCAUCACCAGCCUCCAGUCCCUCCAGGACGACCUGCUGGUGUGCACGGCGGACGGAUACCUCCACGUGCUGCACUGGGACGGCCUGGGCAGCAACGGGCGCAAGGCCAUCAGCCUCACCACCAUCCCCUUCUCCCUGGACCUGCAGUCCGCAAGAGGGGGUCCGUCUCUGGACCUGGACAAGGUUCACAUCAAGUGCAUGGAGUACUGCGUGACCCUGGACGGGUUCGCCGCCGUGCUCAGCGACGGACGGCUGGGCUUCAUCACACCGCUCGGCAACACCGUCACCGCCGACCAGCUGCAGGGCGUCUGGGCGGCUGACGUGAUGGACGGAACGUGUGUGGCGGUCAACAACAAGUACCGGCUGAUGGCCUUCGGCUGUGCCAGUGGCACUGUGUUGGUGUACAUGAUCGACACCACGACUGGAUCAAUGCAGCUCUCCCACAAGCUGGAGCUCACCCCAAAACACUACCCAGAUAUCUACAACAAGACGGGCCCUGUCAAGCUCAUCCGCUGGUCCCCGGACUACAGCGUUGUCAUGGUGACCUGGGAAUGCGGGGGCCUGUCGCUGUGGAGCGUGUUCGGAGCGCAGCUCAUCUGCACCCUGGGGGAGGACUUUGCGUAUCGUUCUGAUGGAACCAAAAAGGAACCAAUUAAAAUCAGCUCUAUGAGCUGGGGAGCCGAGGGCUACCACCUGUGGGUGGUCCCUAGCAUACCAGAGAAGAGGAAGAGGAGGAGAUCACAGGAGCAGCAACAACAGGAGGCAAAGGAGAAAGAGGAGGAGGAGGAGGAGAAGGAGGAAGAGCAAGAGUUAAAUGAGGAGAUGGCGGAUCCACCCGCUCCUUGCUCCACGCCACGAGUGGGCAUCUUACAGUUCCACUUCAUCAAGAGCGCCCUCACUGUGAACCCGUGCACGAGUAACCAGGAGCAGGUGUUGCUCCACGGAGAAGACCGCCUCUACCUGACCUGCGGGGACCCCGCGCAGACACACAACUACAACAACACAAACGGCGGCGGCGGCGGCGCAGACCCCCAUGUCCCGCACCCCCACGCACAGCCCCAGCCCCAGGACGGCAGCCCGCUGCACUCCCCUCCCGGCCACAACGCCGCUCUCUCUCAGGGCCUCAGCACUUUACUGGGACACAAACACUGGCACGUCAUCCAGAUCCACUGCACAUACCUAGAGAGCAAUUGGCCAAUCCGGUUUGCAGCCAUCGACUCUGCAGGCCAGUGCAUGGCAGUGGCCGGGAGGCGGGGCUUCGCUCACUACUCCCUCUACAGCAGGAAGUGGAAGCUGUUUGGGAACAUCACCCAGGAGCAGAACAUGACCGUCACCGGGGGUCUGGCCUGGUGGAAGGACUUUGUCGUGGUGGCGUGUUACAAUUUCAUCGACCAGCAGGAAGAGCUGAGGCUGUACCUGCGGUCAUCCAACCUGGACAAUGCGUUUGCCUCGGUGACGCGGUUGCCGGCAGAUACGCUGCUGAUCAACGUGUUCCGGGACAUGGUGAUCCUGUUCCGGGCCGACUGCUCCAUCUGCCUCUACAGCCUGGAGCGGAGGAACAGCGGUCCUAACCCCUCAGCCAGUGUGGAGCUGCUCCAGGAGGUGUCCAUGUCCCGCUACAUCCCCCAUCCUGCCCUGGUGGUCUCCGUCACACUCACCUCCGUCCGCACCGAGACGGGCAUCACACUCAAAGCCCCGCAGCAGGCCUGCGUGGCAGAGAGCAUCAUGCUGAACCUGGCCGGCCAGCUCAUCAUGCUACAGAGGGACCGCUCCGGGCCCCAGCUCAGGGACAAGGACACGCCCCCCAACAACAAGAAGCUGCUCUCCUUCUGCCCCCCGGUGGUGCUGGCGCAGUGCGUGGAGAACGUGUGGACCACGUGCCGCUCCAACCGCAAGAAGCGCCACCUGCUGGAGGCGCUGUGGCUGUCGUGCGGCGAGGCGGGCAUGAAGGUGUGGCUGCCGCUGUUCCCGCGCGACCACCGCAAGCCGCACUCGUUCCUCUCGCGGCGCAUCAUGCUGCCCUUCCACAUCAACAUCUACCCGCUGGCCGUGCUGUUCGAGGACGCCCUGGUGCUGGGCGCCAGCAACGAGACGGUGCUGUACGACGGGCUGCAGGGCGGCGGCUGCGGCGGGGCGGCGUCCCCCUCCGAGCCACUGGAGGCGCUGUUCCCCUACUGCACGGUGGAGCGCACCUCGCAGAUCUACCUCCACCACAUCCUGCGGCAGCUGCUGGUGCGGAACCUCGGAGAGCAGGCCCUGCUGCUGGCUCAGUCGUGCGCCGGCCUCCCCUACUUCCCCCACGUGAUGGAGCUGAUGGUGCACGUGGUGCUGGAGGAGGAGGCCACGUCGCGGGAGCCCAUCCCCGACCCGCUGCUGCCCACCGUGGCCAAGUUCAUCACGGAGUUCCCCCUGUUCCUGCAGACCAUCGUGCACUGCGCGCGCAAGACGGAGUACGCCCUGUGGAACUACCUGUUCGCCGCCGUGGGCAACCCCAAGGACCUGUUCGAGGAGUGCCUCAUGGCGCAGGACCUGGACACGGCCGCGUCCUACCUGAUCAUCCUGCAGAACAUGGAGGUGCCCGCGGUGAGCCGGCAGCACGCCACGCUGCUCUUCAACACGGCCCUGGAGCAGGGCAAGUGGGACCUCUGUCGUCACAUGAUCCGCUUCCUCAAGGCCAUUGGCUCUGGGGAGAUGGACACCCCGCCCCCGACGCCCAGCACUCAGGAACCCAGCUCAACGGGCGGCUUCGAGUUCUUCAGGAACCGCAGCAUCAGUCUGUCCCAGUCGGCUGACUGCAUCACCACGGGCAAGUUCAACCUGCAGAAGACCUUCAGCAUGCCCACGGGACCCUCCUCUAAAGGGCGGGAGGUGGAGUGUGCGGAGAACAUGUACAUCGACCUGAUGCUGUGGCGGCACGCGCGCCACCUGCUGGAGCAGGUGCGCCUGCGCGACCUGGGCUGCUUCUCGGCCCAGCUGGGCUUCGAGCUCAUCGGCUGGCUGUGCCGCGAGCGCAACCGCGUGGCCCGCGUGGAGGACUUUGUGGGCGCGCUCAAGACGCUGCACCGCGACUUCCUGUGGCCCUUCCCCGUGCUGCCCGCCGGCAGCCUCAGCUCGCCGCUGAAGAACGGACGCUGCCGCGCCGUGCUGAGCACAACGCUGCUCAAGUCCCAGUCGGCGGACAGCCUGCUGCACAGCGACAUGGACACCGGGCCCGCCGCCCUCCCCCCGGUGGCCCCCAGGGGCCGCGCCUGGCUGGAGGCCCUGGGGCCCGGGGCCAAGGACAUGGACACGGGCUCCUCCUCAAGCCACUCCCUCCACCGCCUCACCCCCGAGACCCAGGACGCCUUCCUCUCGCCCCUCUCCAACAAAGUGGAGGAGUACAGCCUCGGCUCGGCCACGGACCUGACGGAGAACAGCUCGGUGGUGGACGGGGACUGGACCAUGGUGGACGAGAACGCCUCCACCCUGAGCCUCAGCCAGGCCGAGCUGGAGCACAUCUCCAUGGAGCUGGCCAGCAAGGGCCCCCACCGGUCCCAGGUGCAGCUCAGAUACCUGCUCCAUAUUUUCAUGGAGGCGGGCUGUCUGGAGUGGUGCGUGGUGAUUGGUCUGAUCCUGCGCGAGGCCAAUGUCAUCAAGCAGGUGAUUGGCUACCUGGAUAGCCCCGAGGUUCCACCCGAGACGGUGCAGAGUGUCCGCAGCGGCCUAUUGGCUGUGGACUCGUGGGCCUCCACCGAUUGCCUGGGCUUCAAGCCCUUCCUCAGCCUGAUCCGGCCCCAGCUGCAGCAGCUGAUGGAGGCGGCGGCCGAGCAGGUCCACACCGAGGCCUUCCAGGCCACCGGCCCGGGGGGCUCCAAGCUGGGCGGGGGCGGAGCGAUGGGCGGGGGGGCCUCAGCCCGGACCGAGGACAGCAGAUCCAGCACGGCCUCGCUGGGCCUGGCCAUGCCCUCCCUGGACCCCCCUGGGGGCUUCCCCCGGCCCCCCGCCGAGGUCGGGUGCCCGGAGGAGGGGGAGGAGCUGGGGGACAACGAGGGGGAGUACGACUGCACCCUGUCAUGAACACUAAAGAGAGAGGGAGAGAGAGAGGGAGGGGGAACUCCUGAACUCUGAACUAUGGUUGAACUUUGGACCCUGGAGGUAAAGGCGAAGGAAGAAUGGCCGGAGGUCGAAGAUGCAGAAUUAGGAAGGAUUGGAAUUAUAGUGCGUGUGUGUGCGACUGUGUGUGUGUUAAUGCUGGUCUGACUGUGUGUUCAGGAAGAGCCCGCAGUAGGUGCAGGUUGUUCAUUGAAUCCGUAUUAUCCACUCUAUAGAUUCCAAACUAGAGGCCUGUUGGAGACCUACACUGGCCCGCUACCAGAAGCCCAACCGACUAGCACACACACACACACACACACACACACACACACACACACACACACACACACACACACACACACACACACACACACACACACACACACAGACACACACACACAGUCACACAGAUAGCCAACCCGAAACACAGGCGGAAGAAGGCAAACCAACAGGCUCCUUUUAGCUGUUGUCAUUGUUUAUCCUCAAUAUGGCUUACCAAGAGAGACGGAGAGACCCUGUGGUGUGUGUGCGCGUGUGUGUUUGUGUGUGUUCAGGACCGCAGGCACAGGCACCUCUUUUCUCUUCAUCCUCCAGAUUGCCCACCAAUGUUUUUUCGCCACACACCGUGUUGUCACUGGACACUUUCGGACCGUAAUUUGCCUCCCCAAUCUCCACCGCCACUAAUCCUUAUCUGAGCCCCCCUCGCUGGACGGCCGCUCAGUUAAGUCCUUGAUCUUCGAUGUGCACAGACGUCUCACGGCCACUCACUCGAGGCA